GUGAGUACAAAUUUAAUUGGAAACACGUUUAGCUAAUAUAGCUUUCUAAUCUGUAACAUUUUGGAGAAAACAAUUUUUGAGUCACCGGUUGCGUUUACUUAACAUGCCUGUCCAUUUCGAAGAUAUACCUGAGGAAAUGAAGGAGGAGCCGAUGGAGGGUGUCGCGAACGAGAGCGAAAGCAGUGAGAGCAGCGACGAGUCCAUGGAGGGCGAGAACGCGGACGAAAGUCGAGAAGAAACCAAGUCGCAGGUGUACCUUCCGGGACAGGCAUUGGAAGAGGGGGAGGAACUCACUGUGGAUAAAUCGGCAUACAGAUUAUUGCACCAUGCACAAUCUGGAGCGCCGUGCCUCAGCUUCGAUGUGAUACCAGAUGAUUUGGGCAACUCCAGAGAGAGUUAUCCUUUAAGCAUGUACAUAGUCGCCGGGACACAAGCUGCCAAGGCGCACGUCAAUAAUCUCCUCGUAAUGAAAAUGUCUAAUUUACGCGGUAAUAAGCAGAGCUCUGAAGAUUCAGACAGCGAAUCGAGCGAUUCGGAAGACGACGACGACGAGCGCAAACCAGUUAUGAGCGUCGCUCCUAUAAAACACCAAGGAUGUAUUAAUAGGGUGAGAUGUACAAAACUUGGUGGAACAGUCUUAGCUGCCAGUUGGAGCGAACUGGGACGUGUAAAUAUCUGGAACUUGCAAGAACAGUUGACUGCAGUUGAGAAUCCUAGCUUGCUGGCCGCAUAUCGUAAUAAGUGUGAUAAAGCGAGUGCAGGCAUUAAACCGUUAUAUGCGUUUAAAGGCCAUCUGUCUGAAGGAUUCGGCCUUGAUUGGAGUCGCGCCGAGCCGGGCACUCUAGCAUCUGGCGAUUGCAAAGGUAACAUUCACAUAUGGCGUGUCGACAGCGGUGGCGCAUCCUGGCACGUAGACCAAAGGCCGUAUAAUUCGCACGCCCUGCACAGUGUGGAGGAUUUGCAGUGGUCGCCAAAUGAAAAGAACGUUCUGGCAUCGUGUUCCGUAGACAAAAGUAUAAAGAUUUGGGAUACGCGAGCGAGUCCACACAAUGCGUGUAUGUUGACGGCGUCUGGUGCUCACACGGCCGAUAUCAACGUUAUCUCGUGGAAUCCGAAGGAAAAUCAGUUUUUGGUAUCAGGCGGCGACGACGGAUUCCUCCACGUAUGGGAUCUGCGACAGUUCGGAUCCGAUGGUGCAAGUCCGGUCGCUACUUUUAAGCAACACACCGCGCCAGUCACCACCGUGGAAUGGCAUCCCACAGAAGCUACAGUGUUUGCUUCUGGUGGGGCUGACGAUCAGAUCGCUCAGUGGGAUCUGUCAGUAGAAGCAGACCAUACGGAAGAACCUCAAGACAGUGUGUUAGCCAAGUUACCGCCACAGCUGCUAUUCAUACAUCAGGGUCAGUCAGAUAUCAAAGAGUUGCAUUGGCACUCGCAAUGUCCAGGAACCAUGAUAUCGACCGCGCAUUCAGGAUUCAACAUAUUCCGUACGAUUAGUGUAUAAUAGAAUAUCGCACUCUGUAGGAUAAUAUAAAAGAAUAUAUUUAAGAGACGGUGAAAAAUGAUAUAUUAUGAAAAAUAUAUAUCUACAAAAUCGUUGUUUCGUAAAUCGAUUUUAUUCUUAUUUAUGUAAUCUUAUAAUUUUGAUAAACGAAAAUUCAAUAACAAAACA